UCUCUCUCUCUCUCCAUUGCAAAAUUCUCUCUCAUACAUCCGCCCCUCUACGAAUUUCUAUCUACGUACAUAUAUCUUCCAUUUCCAAUUGGGAUUGUUGGCUGCGAGGGACCAAACAGGAGCUAUGUCGCUGCAGGUAAGAACUGUCAAAGUCAGCAAUGUUUCCCUAGGGGCAACUUUGCAAGAUGUCAAGGAAUUCUUUUCCUUUUCUGGAGAUAUUUUAUAUGUCGAAAUGCAGAGUGAUACAGAGCGAUCCCAAAUUGCAUUUGUCACCUUCAAAGAUUCACAAGGAGCAGAGACUGCAGUCCUACUUUCAGGUGCAACAAUAGUUGAUCUAGCUGUCACUGUAACUCCAGAUCCAGAUUACGAGCUUCCACCUGCCGCUUUAGCCCCACCUCUUAAAACAGAAAAUAAAACUGCAGGUGGAUCUGAAUCUGCAUUUAGGAAGGCAGAGGAUGUAGUCAGUGGAAUGCUAGCAAAGGGCUUUGUCUUGGGCAAAGACGCAGUAGACAAAGCCAAGUCCUUCGACGACAAGCACCAGUUGACUUCCACUGCCACAGCCAAGGUUGCUUCCUUCGACAAAAAAAUUGGACUUAGUGAGAAAAUAAGCGCUGGGACCUCUGUUGUUAAUGAGAAAGUUCGCGAAGUGGACCAGAAAUUUCAGGUUUCAGAAAAAGCCAAAUCGGCAUUUUCGGCUGCUGAGCAAACGGUCAGUAGUGCUGGAUCCGCUGUAAUGAAGAACAGGUAUGUACUCACAGGGGCUACGUGGGUGACAGGUGCUUUCAGUAAAGUUGCCAAGGCUGCUGGAGAGGUUGGCCAGAAGACAAAAGAGAAAGUGGGAAUGAAUGAAGAGGAACAGAGGAGGAAAAUUGUGGAUGAUUAUGCUCAGAUUCAUUUAUCGGAGUCACCUAAAGCUUCUGCACCGCCAAAUGAGCAGCAAUCUUCCAAGCCCGCGCCCGCACAAGGUUUGAUCCUCUGAAUUAUUAUCUUCUAUGAUAUCUUUGUCAAAACUUGUGGUCUAUGAGAUCUUUAUAUCUUGCUCCUUCAUUUUGUGAAGUGGUGAACGUAGAACUAUGUGCCUUUAUAUUUGGAUUUUAUGGCACUUGAAAGCGUUUGACGGUAUUUCCAUAAAAUUUAAAGAUAUUCAAGUCUUUUGCAA